UGGAAGGUCCGUCUCCUCGCACCGCCGGCUGAAUGUCACCCUCGAAAGGACCCGUGGCAGGCCCCCUGCCCCACUUCCAAGAGGCAGCAUGGAAAUAGAGGAAUCUACAUCAAAAAGAAGGCACUCAUGGAGGAAAGACCUACAUAACAGCAAGAAAAAAAGUGAAGGGAACUGUUUGAGCAUUACUACCCUUCAAUAAUGAGAACAAUGAUUGCAGCACAAACUUCAGGGGACAGAAGACACACUUCUUAACUGGCAUGCACUGAGAAUUGAUUCCUGAACCAUCUCAGCAUGGCCUACAGAGGAGGAAGUGGGCAAGGCCAGACCUGCUCAGUGAUGCCUUCCCGGUUCAGCCCUCCAAGUCUUUCCACCAACAGCACCCUCACACAUAAAAUAUGUAUGGUGUCUGACUUUUUCUACCCAAACACCGGAGGUGUGGAAAGCCACAUUUACCAGCUUUCUCAGUGCCUCAUUGAGAGGGGGCACAAGGUCAUAGUUGUCACCCAUGCUUAUGGAAAUCGAAAGGGCAUCCGUUACCUCACCAAUGGCCUCAAAGUUUAUUAUUUGCCUCUCAGAGUCAUGUACAACCAAUCUACAGCCACAACUCUCUUUCACAGUCUGCCACUGUUCAGGUACAUAUUUGUUCGGGAGAGAGUUACCAUAAUUCAUUCCCACAGUUCUUUCUCUGCCAUGGCCCACGAUGCUCUCUUCCAUGCCAAGACAAUGGGGCUUCAGACAGUUUUCACGGACCAUUCCCUUUUUGGAUUUGCUGAUGUCAGCUCUGUGCUUACAAACAAGCUUCUAACUGUGUCUCUCUGUGACACAAACCACGUAAUUUGUGUCUCUCAUACAAGUAAGGAAAACACUGUACUACGAGCAGCACUGAAUCCUGAAAGAGUAUCAGUCAUUCCUAAUGCUGUAGACCCUUCUGACUUCACCCCAGGAUCAUUGAGGAGGCAUGACAGUGUAAUAACUAUUGUUGUUGUGAGCAGACUUGUUUACAGAAAAGGGAUCGAUUUGCUCAGUGGUAUAAUACCUGAACUCUGUCAGAAAUAUCCCGAGUUGAACUUCCUAAUUGGAGGAGAGGGACCAAAGAGUAUUGUUUUGGAAGAAGUACGGGAAAAAUACCAACUACAUGACAGGGUGCAUCUUUUGGGAGCUUUAGAACACAAGGAUGUCAGAAAUGUCUUAAUUCAAGGACAUGUUUUUCUUAAUACCUCCCUGACUGAAGCCUUCUGCAUGGCAAUCCUGGAAGCUGCCAGCUGUGGUCUGCAGGUCGUCAGCACCAGGGUUGGUGGGAUUCCCGAAGUCCUCCCAGAGAAUCUUAUUAUUUUAUGUGAACCUUCAGUAAAAUCUCUGUGUGAAGGGCUGGAAAAAGCUAUUUUCCAAGUGAAGUCAGGGAUGUUACCGGAUGCAGAAAAGAUCCACAAUGCAGUGAAGGCUUUCUAUACCUGGCGGAAUGUGGCCGAGAGAACUGAGAUGGUGUAUGAGAGGGUGGCGAAGGAGACGGUGCUGCCGAUGCGUGAGAGGCUGAACAGGCUCACCUCUCACUGUGGACCACUCACAGGCCACAGUUUUGCUUUGCUGGCUGUGUUCAGCUACCUCUUUCUCACGCUCCUGAGAUGGAUGACUCCUGAUUCUGUCAUUGAUGUGGCAAUAGAUGCCACUGGGCCACGAAGAGCAUGGACUCACGAUAUAAAAGGAGAUGCGAUUGACGAGGUAUCCAAGAGCAGGUAGAAGCAAGUGUCAACUGUAAACCUUAGACAGCUCUAUUAACAGUUGAAAGGAACCUUGUUCUUUUGCUUCUGGGCUUUGAAGUUAAUGUCAUAGAUCAUGCUACCUCUGUAGCAUUCACUGUUUCAUUUGAGGAAAGCUAAAUGCUCACACAAUUCCUGAGCUUGGAAGCUCCUUGUAUUUCUUUAACUUUAGAGAGACCAGUUUGACCACUCAGGAAAUCCCUCAAGUGGAGACGUUUUAACAUUGCAUUUUGGGAAGCCUUGGGUGCUGGGUCUUUUUUGGGACAAUUUUUAACAUUAUGCCAUCAUUCAACAUCUACCAGAAACAGACAAGCUUCCUUUAGGGAGACGGUUAUGUGAACUAUUUCAAGUCAAACUGAUGUUUCUUUACUGGACCCUGAGAACACAUGGGUCCACUCAGCAAGUGUACCAUACCAUCUGAGCAACUUGCCAACACGUUUUGAGCACCUGCUGCCUGCUCUGUAGAAAAUGUUCUGCCAUGGAGGACUAGCUAAUGUGGGGUGGUAAAUCAGUUACAGGCCCCAAAUGCUCAAGUUACUAACUUUGAGGGAAAUGCUACCAUCACAUACUCUAAGCACUUCUCUAACCCUGCUGUAUGCAUUCUCCUACUUCAUUGCAUAUGUAAGAAGAGAUUUUGUUUUUCAAGUCCUAGGUGCUGGUACCACUGUUGUAGGCUUUAACAAAAUUACUUAUUAUUGUCGUGUGUGUAUGGCAUGUUUGUAGGGUAGAACAAUGCGUUUCUGUAUACACACCUUGAUUAUAACUGUCAGUGCAUGUGGAAACACACUGUUCCAAUCAGCUACUUACAAUUAUUUAACGUGAAAUGAACACUGAGGAAUUUUCUAUAAAGAUUGUAUUUUUUUUAUUGUAUUGCUUUUGAUGUUACAGUUCCUCACAUAAACCAAGGCUGUUAAAAUAUGUUCAUGACCAAAAAUAAAGAUGAAAAUGA